CUCCAUUGCUCUUUGAUUCUCUCUCUCUCUCUCUCUCCUCUGAAAACGGCGGCGUUUUGACUGUAUGACGACAACGACUACGACGGCGUUCGGAGCUGCGACGACGGCGGUGCUCGGGGAGCCCAAGCUGGAGAUUGGAAGGUACCAGGGGCUGAGGUCAGCGAACUCGCUCGCUCUCACCGGAGGCAGACACGUCGGUCUCUUCCCGGCUUCGUCCCGGAGCUCUUCCCUCAUCCAAGCCGUCUCUACGCCUGCAAAGCCUGAGACUGCAACAAAGCGGAGCAAGGUUGAGAUAUUCAAAGAACAGAGCAACUUUAUUAGAUACCCACUUAAUGAAGAGAUUUUAACGGAUGCUCCCAAUAUAAAUGAAGCUGCUACCCAACUCAUCAAGUUUCAUGGGAGCUAUCAACAAUACAACCGAGAUGAACGUGGUGGAAGGUCUUACUCAUUUAUGCUCCGUACCAAGAAUCCUUGUGGGAAAGUGUCAAACCAACUGUACUUGACAAUGGAUGAUCUUGCCGAUCAGUUUGGAAUUGGGACCCUUCGUUUGACCACCAGACAAACAUUUCAGCUCCAUGGUGUUUUGAAGAAGGACCUUAAGACAGUAAUGGGUAGCAUCAUUAGAAGCAUGGGUUCAACUCUUGGUGCCUGUGGUGAUCUUAAUAGGAAUGUACUUGCUCCUGCUGCUCCACUUGUAAGAAAAGAUUACCUUUUCGCACAGCAGACAGCAGAGAACAUUGCGGCCUUGCUGACUCCUCAGUCUGGUUUUUACUAUGAUGUAUGGGUGGAUGGAGAGCAGUUCCUGACAGCAGAACCUCCUGAAGUAACCAAGGCCAGAAACGAUAACUCUAAUGGAAAAACCUUCACUGAUUCCCCUGAGCCCAUCUAUGGAACACAGUUCUUGCCCAGGAAGUUCAAAAUUGCAGUCACUGUGCCAACAGAUAACUCGGUAGACAUUCUCACCAAUGAUAUUGGCGUUGUGGUUGUUACUGAUGAUAAUGGGGAGCCUCAAGGGUUCAAUAUUUAUGUUGGUGGUGGUAUGGGAAGAACACAUAGGAUGGAGACCACAUUUGCCCGUCUAGCUGAACCAUUGGGUUAUGUUCCCAAAGAGGAUAUUCUAAAAGCAAUUAAGUCUAUUGUAGAAGUGCAACGAAAUCAUGGCAGAAGAGAUGAUCGUAGGUAUAGUAGAAUGAAAUAUUUGAUCAGUGAAUGGGGAAUUGAAAAGUUUAGAAGAGAACUUGAAGACAAUUAUUACCAAAAGAAAUUUGAGCCAUUCCGCAAGUUGCCAGAGUGGGAGUUUAAAAGUUACUUGGGAUGGCAUGAGCAGGGUGAUGGCAGUUUAUUCUGUGGGCUUCAUGUUGAUAACGGGCGGAUUGGGGGAAAGAUGAAGACGGCAUUACGAGAGGUUAUAUCAAAGUAUAAUUUGAGCAUAAGGCUCACACCCAACCAGAAUAUUAUAUUGUGUGAUAUUCGCAAUGCAUGGAAACGUCCCAUCACCACAACUCUUGCACAGGCCGGUCUGCUGCAUCCUAGAUAUGUAGACCCCCUUAACCAAACUGCGAUGGCAUGUCCGGCCUUCCCUCUAUGCCCAUUGGCAAUAACUGAAGCUGAACGGGGAAUACCUGAUAUUCUUAAGCGAGUUAGAGCGGUAUUUGAGAAGGUUGGUCUAAAGUACAAUGAAUCUGUUGUUAUAAGGGUGACUGGCUGCCCCAACGGCUGUGCUAGGCCAUACAUGGCUGAACUUGGACUAGUGGGUGAUGGUCCGAACAGCUAUCAGAUAUGGCUUGGAGGAACACCCAAUCAAACUUCAAUAGCAAAAAGCUUCAUGAACAAGGUCAAGGUUCAAGACCUGGAAAAAGUUUUUGAACCUUUGUUUUAUAAUUGGAAACGAAAGCGACAAGCUAAAGAAUCAUUCGGCGACUUCACAAUACGUAUGGGAUUUGAAAAACUUCAAGAGUUGGUUGACAAAUGGGAAGGUCCAGAGGUGGCACCAACACGUUACAACCUGAAGCUUUUUGCUGAUAAGGAGACAUAUGAAGCAGUUGAUCAACUUGCAAAGUUGCAGGAUAAGACUGCUCAUCAGUUAGCCAUGGAUGUUAUCCGCAAUUUUGUUGCUUCCCAGCAAAAUGGGAAAAGUGAAUGAGUAUGCCAUAAACUGUUCUGCAAUGUUGUUGGUGGCUCGUAGCUCAGGUCAAUAGGAACAAUGUCUUUGUUCUCUCGAAGCUGUUACUAUUCGGUAACAGUAGGAACAAAUUGGAUACUAGGUUUGGUUUUAUUGUAUCAAAGUUUUGCUUGCUUUUAUUCUUCUUGAACGUUGAGUUUGUAUGUGUAUCCUAGUUUUGGUUUGAACUUUGUGUCAAUUUAGUACCAAUAAAAAUGUCCCUGCUUUUCUUGACUAUGAGCAACAUAUUUUGGAUCGAUUCUCAUCCAAAAAUAUACGUUAUGGUACUGUAGUCUUCUGAAGAGGCACCUUUCAUGCUUCCAAGUUCCAACAUGAGUUCUUGUGCAGCUGGAACGCUACACAACUUCCAAAGCCUGAGUUGAAAGGGUCCUGGACUUAUCUUAUAUGCUGUAAAGGAUUCUGGAGCCUCCUGGGAGUGGAGCAUGCGACAUGGCAGGUCUUGAAUGAGGAAAAAUUUAGAACAUGGUCAGAUAGAUGGGCUACUGGCAUUCCUGGGGGGUAAGCUCACAAGGUAAAUCUUGCUUCUAUUACUACCUUGGAUCCCUGGUUUGAAAUGUUCUGUUUUGACAUGCUAAGUAAAAAAACGAAUCAGUCACUUGGUCGGGAUCCUUUUACUUUAUGGCAUAUCUGGGAAGCUUUUUGUGAAGCUGUAUAUGAUCACGAAUUGCCUUGGAGCUGCUGUGUUGGAAUCUCUUGACCAUCUGUUGCAGCUGUGUCUGGUUAAGCCCCUCAUUCUUCAGUGAUGAAUGCAGAUGGAAUCCACUUGAAUCUGGUAGUGUCAAAGUAGACUGUGAUGGAGAUUGGGUCUGUGAUUCCAAAUGGCAGGAAUUGGGGUGAUUAUUAGAAACAGUGCUGGAAUUUCUUCACCAUCGUUAUCUUCUUUAGCUUUGGUUCCUGAAGUUUUAGCAGUUCUUGCGGGUUUGGUACUAGCAAAAUCUCUGGAGUUUUGAAGGCCAAUGUCUUGCAACAUCUGGGAAAUCUAUCCUCAUAUCAAAGAAAUUAGAGGGCAUCAACAAUUGCUUCAAAAAUGUAGCUGAAGUUGGAUUAUGAGGGAAGCAAAUGCUGCGGUUUAUUGGUUCGCAUUCCAAGCCAGAAGGAGGAUAUGGAAUUGG